CAUGACUAUAAAUAGAUCGGCGGCCAUCUUAAAAAGUUUUGUUUUCUUUCUUCAUGGAAUCGCAUGAGAUUUGUUUGAAGUGCUAUUAUUUUGUGAAAUUAGGAAGCGUAAUAUUCAUCUAAAAUACUUUAGCUAAAUCAGUGUUAAAUAAGUACACACAAAUAUCAGUUACCGGUGGAUAUCAAAUUAUUAAUUGUCUCCAACCAAUGGAGGAAGAAACUCAAGAAACGAAACCCACUGGACUUGAAGAAAUUAAGUUUAAGCCUGUAAAGAAGAAAAACCUUCGGCGUCGCAUCAAAGAUGACGAGUCUGACGACGAGGAAAACGUUUUAGCAAAGUUGGAAGAAGCAAAAGAGAUUCAGAAGCUUAGGGAAAGGCCUAAUGGCGUAAGCGUUAUUGCGUUAGCUACUGGACAAAAACCGACCAUUGAAGAUGAGGUGGCUUGUAAAGACCCAUUCAAGGUGAAAACCGGUGGUAUGGUGAACAUGCAAGCUUUAAAAAGCGGGAAAGUCAAGCAAGUCGACGAUGCGUAUGACACGGGCAUCGGUACACAGUUCUCGGCAGAGACCAACAAAAGAGACGAAGAUGAGGAAAUGAUGAAAUACAUAGAAGAACAACUGGCUAAAAGAAAAGAAGGGCACAAUGAAGACAAAAAGGAAUCAGAUCACAAUGACUCCCUCAAAUACCUGUCACCAGAGGAAGCUGCUCUACUGUCUCUUCCCGAACACUUACGAAUGUCUUCUACUCACCGGUCAGAAGAAAUGUUGUCAAACCAAAUGCUCAGUGGUAUCCCUGAAGUAGACCUUGGCAUUGAUGCUAAAAUUAAAAACAUAGAAGCGACAGAGGAAGCUAAAAUGAAACUCAUAUGGGAGAGACACAAUAAAAAGGAUGCUCCAUCUCAAUUCGUUCCCACAAACAUGGCUGUUAAUUUUGUUCAACACAACAGAUUCAAUAUGGAUAGUGAUAGUAAGAAAAGGAAGGUAGAAAAACCAAAAGAAGUUAAGACUGAAACUAGUGUAAUAGAUGAAAAUGUGGAUAAAAUUGUUAAGAAAGCUAAAGGAGAAAGAGCUACUGAUGAUUACCAUUAUGAAAAGUUUAAGAAACAAUUCAGAAGAUAUUAAAUUCUUCAAAUACAGAAAUGGGUUUUAAUGAAGUUGAAUACUUCUCUUUCUACUUAUCAAACAAUGAAUUGGUCUUAUUAUGGACCUUUAUCUAUCUUAAAUAUUGGUUUGUCAAGAUUGUUAUAUCAUUCCCAUUGAUUUUCAGUUGGUUUUUUCUAUUGUUGUUAUCAAAGUUAUUAUUUUUGAGGUGUUUGUUACAUCAUGGAGUUUGAUAAAAUGUAUUUGGUAUGGUAGAUCAUACCAAUAAUUUCAAAUGUAGAUUCCUUGUCAGUGGUCUGUUGUUUAAUAUUAGAAGUGACUAGAUCUCCUUUCUUGAGGUGGGGUAGUUGUUUAGGAAAGAAAAUUGCUAAUAUAGUUGCAUAGACUGUAUUUAUUAUCUAAAAAAAAGUAUUUGUACUCAAACUACAAUAAUAUUUCAAAACUGUUAAAUACAAAUGUUUUUCAACACUAAAUUAAGUAAGAAUUUGUAGUUGUUUUCUCAUUCUGCAUCAAAAGCGGUUUGUCCUUCUUUGUCAGUGUCUUUCUUUUUUUAUUCUCUUAGUCAAUUCAAUACAUUUUGAGCAGUUGUCAGUCCCAGGGGUCUUGAAAUAAAUUAAAUUGUCUAUUAAUAAUAUGUAAUGUGAUGGAAGUAUGAUUGCUAUAAAGAAGAAGAGGAAGAUCGUUUCGUUCUGCUUAUUCUGUUCGUUCCGUUGGUAGGACGCCGGCGAAUGAAAUGGGAUAUCAUCGUUCGUGUCGCUAUCAUCGACAUUUAUAAGUAGCCGUUCGCAUAAAAAUGAUUUCUUCAAGGCCUGUUCUUGUAGAGUUUCAGCGAGACGCACACAUUUUUUCAAAUUUUCUUCAAUUACAUUUUCGAUAUUUAAGUAAAAAGUAGCCUACAGUUGUAAAAACGAUUUCUGCUUCAACACGGGGUUACUUUGUGAUGUUGGUGGUUUAUUUAUUUCAGAGAAGGGUACAAGUAUUAUAGAUAGGUACUUGAUUAUUUCAGGUCGUCAAAUAGGUUUACAAACCAUUUCUCAAAAUUUUCUGCACAUCUUUGUGAUGUUCAUUACAAAUUAUUAUUGUUCUUUGUCUUAAAAAUGUGGCAUAUUAUAAGCCUUUCGCCUUUACCUUCCGAUACCUUUGUCGAGGCGUAUGCUCUCAAAUCUCAAUAUUUUAGCGACGGUAUAUAUCAUCGUCAAUGCAAUCCGUAACUUCCAUGAUAAAAUUCUCAAAAAUAUUGUGACAUUUGCGCAGAAGAAUAAUUCCAGGAUAUAAUUUUUCUUCUUCAGAAUAAUCAAAGAGACGGUUACAUUGAAGAAGUUCAAUAUCAAUCCUAAAAUAGGUACAGGAAAAUGUCGUAAUAUAGUCUAUAAUCUAUGUAAUUAAUUAUAAUUAGGUUUUACUUUUAUCUACAUCCAUGUUACUUUAUUUGUUUUUACCGAUGUUCAUUGUUUUUGUUUUUUGGCCAAAUUCAAGAAAAGCCAGUCCUCUUGGUCAUGUGUAUAAUUUAAGUUGGUUGGGUUUUAUGGCCAAGGGUACUUUAUUUUCCACUGUACCAUCAAGGGAACAGCCAAGGGUACACAGGAAAAUAAGGGGGUAUUUGCCUUGCUUUGCAUUGAAACACCUUUCAUACAAAACAUAAAGCACAACAUUGUCCCAUUCAAAAAAGUAACUCAAGCAAGAGCUCUUCUUUCCGUGAUAAUUUACUCUCUGAUCUUUUUUCAUAAAUCACAUAUAUCUUGAAAGUCGCGCUUAAAUGGGCCAUUUACUGCUUCAAUGACCCAUCUACAUAAUGUUACUGCCCUCGAUUUGUUGUUACCAAUCUUUGGGCUCUGGUGCCUCUUCCCUUUCGUCGGAAGUCCGAGGCUGCGCCGCUACCGUGGGUGCGCGUCCUGCUCCACAAUUUUAUUCUGUGUCCAGAAGUGGCGGAGUCCAUCGACACGACGGAACUGUCUGACUCGACGUCUACCCGGGAUAAGGCACCCGGGGCUCGCGUUUCUUAAUGCUAAGCAGCUCCAGCUGCUCAAAUUCUGCAGACUUGGUGAUAGCUAUGUGAAUGCUAUCUAUAAUACAUCCCACAACUGCUAGAAAACUAAACUUCUAGUAGAACCUAAAAAUAUCAUGUUAAACAUGUAGAUAGGUGAUUUUCUCUAACUACAACUUACAACAUUGAUUUUACUCGUUUUUUAUAAUAUUUCGUUCUUCACGAGUUUUUGGAAAAUGAAUGUAUUUCCGUGUAAAUAAUAUAUUAAGAGCUUGCGUCGCAGCCCUCACACAGUUAAAUACACUAACUUGAUGUAUUCUAUGGUGCGCACUUGCUCCGAUAAAUGGUACGAACCAGACGCAUAAAAAGCUUAGUGCACUAAUACCUUAAACAAAAAUAAAAUUAUUAAAUUAACAAUAAAUAUCCUUGGACAUGGUUAUAGCAAGGGAUUGUACUGUUACGGGGUGGUGGGUCCAGAAGAACUUAAAAAAAAUUACUUUACACUUAAAAUUUAAUUAAAGAAAGCAUGUAAGAAAUACAGAAAAAAAAACCCGAAAAUAAAUGUUACGCGCGGUGCAAACCCAAAUAACCAUUUAAUAAAUAUUAUUAUGAAAGAAACGUAGGGCGUCUAUUGUAUUCACGCCAAUGCAGUAUAAGCUCUGUGUCAUCGAUUUUUUAUUUUUAUAUUUGGCGAUAUGAAUUCCGAUAUAACAGUCCAUCUCAAUUUUUUUCUUAAAUUUUAAAUAAUUAGGUAGGUUUGGAGACAGUACGAGAUGGUAAAUAAGGUUCCAACCUUUGUGUUAGGUCACGACGGCACACAUUUCAUUGAAGCGAAACAAUCCGAGGAACUCGGGAUCUGGUAUUUCGAAGGCUAUUUCAAAGUUCUGAAGAGCCAUACGCCGACAUAUUAAGAGCUUGCGUCACAGCCCUCACACAGUUAAAUACACUAACUUGAUGUAUUCUAUGGUGCGCACUUGCUCCGAUAAAUCUUGGUACGAACCAGACGCAUAAAAGCUUAGUGCACUAAGUACCAAAAAAAAUAAAAGGAUUAAAUUAACAAUAAAUAUCCUUGGUCAUGGUUAUAGCAAGGAAUAGUACUGCUACGGGGUGGGUCCAGAAGAACUUUAAAAAAAAAACAAGUUACUUUACACUUGAGAAAGCAA